UUAGAGCUAAACGAACUGCCAUCCGGUAAACACGUCUCACAACGUUAUUUGUGUUGAAUAUAUAUAUAUUUUUUUGUUGUGGCUCUUUUUUUUUAAUUUCUGCGGCCCCUAAAGUUCGACGAUCGUGAGAAGGGAAAAAGAGUGUGAAGUGACCUAAGCGGUUUUGAAAUAUCUAUCUUGGCAAAACGAAAACAAAUUUGUUAAAGCACAUAUAAACAAAAACAAAAUAACAAAAAUAAAAGUGAAGCAAAGGUGAAGAAGACCAGAAUGAAUUCGCGACGGAUUGCUCUGGUCCUCCUAAUCGGCAUAAUCGUUUCGUUUUCUGGCCAUGAUGCACUAACCUAUCCGGAGCGCUUCGAUCGCCUGCCCACUUGGGGUGGUCAUUCCCAAAUUGGUGGGCCGCUGCUGGAUACCGCCCACCGGGAGAAUCGUGAGAAAAGGGAGAAUAGGGUGGACCUGUGCCGGCACUGUUUCUGCAUUCAUCUCAAGGCAAUCUGUGAUUACAAGCUUAACAAAACGCUCCCGAACGAAUUUAACGAUAAACUAUUGGUGCCGCUGAACAUCAAAUAUAUUGAGGUGCGACUGACUGUUGGCACCCAGUUCGUGAUGUACGAGAACUUCUUCCAGGACAACCAGGUGAACUACUUUGGUGUAAUCGGAGUGGGGAAAGAUGACCAGGUGGAAAUAACCAGCAAUGCAUUUAGCCACAACAAAGGCGGUUUUCCCAACAUCGAAAUACGAAAUGUAUUGCGAGUUUUUCUGCGUGAGAAAUUCCUGACCGGUGCGGACUACAAGCUGCUGGUGGAGGAUGUUACUCAGCUGUCCGUAUUCUCCAAUGCCCUUCAGAUGACUAAUCUAGACUGUUCUCUCAAGCGGAUCAAGGAGCUGAAUCUGAUGAAGAACGCUUUCAAUCCUGGGGUUGCCAAAUAUGGAAUAAAUCUCCGCAUCGAGGAUUCGAACAUCAAUCAGCUGGGUAUAUUCGGCGUGUCCAUGGGCAAGGUGAGCCUGUUGCGCUGCCACAUCGACAUGAUCAUGAGCAACGCCUUUGACGUUACCAGCAUCAAGGAGCUGAUUAUCGAGGGCUGCAAUAUCGAGGUGAUCGAGAGCCAGGCGCUAACCAACAAAUUGCAUAGCGAUAAGGUGGCCAUCGUGGAUACGGUGAUCGGUACGAUUGAGGGUCAGGCGAUCAGUCAGAGCGGUAUAACUACCAUGAUUAUGUUUGGAAAUACAAUUACAAAAAUACGUUCGAAUGCCAUUCAAAUUGUUGCCGUUAGUCUGUUCAUACGCAACAAUUCAAUGAGCCAUGUGGAGCCCAAUUGGUUGAGUGUCAGCCAGGCCGAUCAAGUGGAGAUUGCGAAUAAUCGCUUCGAGGACUACGGACGCUGUGAACUGAACAUUGGCUCCUCGAACUGCAGUUUUCGCAACAAUAUACUGCAGAAUCCGCAAUCGGGUAGCCUCAAUUUUACAUGUCGCGUCCACCAGGUGCGCGUGGGCACCGAGUGCUCGUGCAACAAGUCCUGGCUAUCGGAGCUAACCGAUCAUGAUCUGGAAUCGGAAAUCAUGUGUCAGGUGGCAAAGCGUGAUGCCAACUGCUUUAAUGCCACCAAUACGGAUGUCCGCCGGUAUGUCAACGAGGCAUGUGGCAGCAAUGUGACCCGCUACUGUAUGGGUGGCCAGUGGGUGACCAAGGCGGUCAGUGAUCAUUCUAGCGACUCCAGCAAAUUGACCAUCGGAAUGAUAGCCCUUGAGAUUGUGAUUUUAACACUCUUGCUUGUUGCGAUUGUCUGUGUGUUGGCCAAAAACUGUGGCAGUGGAAGCUGCGCUCCUGCCGGUGGCCAGUCCACUGAUAAUUGCCUAAUCGAGGAGGACAUUCGCAACUCACUGCGCCAGCUCGCACUGCACAGCGAGAGCAAUAAGACACGCAAGGCUAUACUGAAGCUGAUCAAUGGUCAUUUGAGCAAGGGGGAGUGCAACGAUCGGAUACUCUUUAUAGUGGACAACAUGCCGCAAAAUCAGGCGAUCGAAAGCCUGCUGUUUAGGCACAUAUCGCAGAGUCACAUGGAGCCCAGUGAUAGUGAGGCAUAUGCCAGCACCGCCUUAACAGCCAAUGCAACAGCACCACCACUGCCGCCCAGUACCGAUUCCAGUGAGCCCAUCUACCAAGAGCUCGACCAGCAACGACUGAUCAUCGACGACAAGUACUCAUUGCCGCUGAAUUCCGACGAGGAUCCGCCGUACUCGGAGCCGUCCAAUAUGAUGAGUGAGUACGGCAAUGACUACAACUACAAUGGCACUAACGAGAGCUACACUUCCGAGCAAUCCAAUCCCAGUCCGAAUCGGCCCCUACUGCCGAUACCCAAUCGAUUGUAGUAGUGUAGUCAAGUCUUUUCACUCUACUUGGCUGGGCUAACUGUUACACGAAUCUUAUAUUAUAUAACAAUUGAAUAUUGUACUUACAUAUAACCCUAAAUGUUUAAAAACGUAUGUAGCGGAUAUUGAUUAUUCAAUAUUUAUGAUGUAAAGCGACAUCGCCAAAAUGGUCUCGGAAUUGAUAAUUGUUAAUGACAUUAAAAUAACCUUUGCAGAGACUGACCCAAAUCCUCAGGAAUAUCGAAACACCUAUGAAAUACCUAUUGAAAAAAACAUGAAAUACGCUAAACGAAACUUUGAUCUGUAUAUAAAAAAGGUGCCCCUAAGUGAAUAAUACCAAAAACUUGGUUCAUGAAAACCUAAUUUUCAUAACUAUAAAAAAAAAUAUAAUAAUAAUAUAAAUAUAUACGAAUAUAUAAACUUAACCGCAACACUAACACGUAUAGCACAAUAUCUAUCUAUAUAUCAUAUUUAUAUACGAUAUAAGUCUAUAUAUCUAUUUGUCUCCUCAUUUUACUCUCGCACAUUUACGUCACUUUAGCACUCAAAAAUUAUUGUAUAGCCACCCAAAAUUAUUAUUAAAGAAAACACAAGGAGUCGAGUGUCACAAACACACAAUGGCAAAAAGGCAGCUCACAAAUGCGGAACGUAUUAACCCACAAAGAUACGAACGACAUGCCACCGGCAUAUCAAUAUGCCACACCGAUGCGCAUCCUGCCAUGCCACCAGAUGCAGCAUCAGCAGCCGUCGACGACGGCCAAUUAUGCCAUCCCCGUUUGGAGGUCCACUCCAAGUGCCACGCCCACUAGCCGCCCACCCUCGGGCUCACAGGAGGGGUCGGCCACCGCCACAGCGCCCAGAGCUGUCAAGGAUUUGCGGCAGGCUCUGCAGAACUCCCCACAGUUCCAUCCCAACCAGCUGACCUCAACGCGCAACCAAAGACAAAUCCUGCAGAUUCUGCCGCCGCUUCAGCCGCCGCCGUACACUCAGAGGUCACAGGUCAGGGGUCAGCGGAGGCGCAGCUUCGAGUGCCUCGAUGGCGCCGCCAGCUUGGCGGCCAUGGAGCACAUGGACUCCGGCUCGGAUCACUCUGGCGGCAGUGAUGUGACCGUCCAAAUUGCUGAUGUGAUCGACUACGCGGAUGCCUAAAAGUAUGCAGAGCACUCAAAUAUAUACUAUACUAUAUAUAUAUAGUACAGUAUAUAUAUAUAUAUAUAUAUACCUAUGAAUCUGCCACAAUCUGUCACACCUGCCAGCCACAAAAAAGAGUAUAAGAUGAGUGAAUGAUUAGAGAGAAACAAAAAAUACCGAAAACACAAUGUGAUAUUCUCUGGAUAUGCGAUGAACUGAGGAGACCUACGCAUAUACCUAAUUAGCUAGGGAGAAGCGAACUAGGAGAUAUAAACCAUAAGCUAGAUUAAGUGAAUUAAAUUUAAAUAAAUAGCCCGAUCGACCAAGUGCCUGCAGAUAUAAUAUAUGUCGGGGCUUAAAUGGAAAGGUACGUCAUAUCUUUAUCGACAGAGUUUUCAUAUAACUCUGCGCCCCAAUUAUAUUGUAUUUUGUAUUCUAAACCAGAACAUGAUACAUUGUUCAUGAUAUGUGUCAAUAAACAGAUCACAUUUUAAGUAGAUGUACCAAGAAUGU